AUGAAUGGAAAAAAGGGUAGCUUUGAGAUCAAUCUCUCUUCCAUUACCAAAGCUACACUGCCGGAAACUAUCAAGAAAGCCGAGAAUGUUAGCUUCUCAUGCAAAGGUUGGAUUCAGAAUGUCUGGGAAUUCUGCAAAGAAGACACCAACAGAGUAAUAUUCUCACUAAAAGUGGGCCUUGCUGUUCUCCUUGUGUCUUUGCUCAUACUACUCCAAGCACCUUAUGAAGUAUUUGGCACCAACAUCAUCUGGUCCAUUCUCACGGUUGCCAUCAUGUUUGAAUACACCGUUGGCUCUACAUUCAACCGAGGAUUCAAUCGAGCACUUGGGAGCUUGCUUGCAGGAAUUUUGGCAAUUAUUGUUGCUCAGAUAGCCUUAAGAACUGGUCGAGUUGUUGAACCAAUUAUAAUUGGUAUCAGCAUCUUUUUUGUUGGUACGAUCACAUCAUUCAUGAAAUUAUGGCCAUCUCUUGUGCCAUAUGAGUAUGGUUUCCGGGUCAUACUUUUCACCUACUGUUUGAUCAUCGUAUCUGGUUAUCGGGUGGGGAACCCUAUUAGAACUGCCAUGGAUCGGCUGUACUCAAUUGCUAUUGGAGGGAUUGUAGCAGUUUUAGUGAAUGUGCUUGUUUGUCCUAUUUGGGCUGGAGAGCAGUUACACAAGGAGCUUGUCAAGAGCUUUAAUUCAGUGGCCGACUCACUUGAAGAAUGUGUUAAGAAGUAUUUAGAAGAUGAUGGAUCAGAUCAUCCUGAGUUUUCCAAGACUGUCAUGGAUGAGUUUCCAGAUGAGCCUGCAUACAGGAAAUGCAGAUCCACGUUGAACUCCUCAGCGAAACUCGAUUCCUUGGCUAUUUCAGCUACAUGGGAGCCACCCCAUGGCAGAUUCCAACACUUCUUCUAUCCAUGGGCUGAAUAUGUCAAAGUUGGUGCAGUUCUGCGCUAUUGUGCGUAUGAGGUUAUGGCUCUACAUGGUGUUCUUCACUCUGAAAUUCAGGCCCCCAACAAUCUGAGAUGCACAUUUCAGACAGAGAUCCAAGAUGCAUCAAGCCAGGCAGCAGAGCUAGUUCGAUGUUUGGGCAGAGACAUAAGCACCAUGAAGCGAAGCCUCAAAACUUCUUUACUCAAAAGGGUUCAUAGCUCAACAGACCGACUCCAGCGCGCUAUAGACAUGCAUUCAUACCUCCUCACAUCGAAUUACGACCCAUCUGAUAGCUCAUCCAAGCCACUUAACAAGCUCUCCCAUACUUUGUCAUCCACCUUCAAUGACUUCUCAAACCAGUUGGCUGGCCUUGACGACAAAACCUCAGAACAGAACUCCAACCCGAUGAUCCAAAAUCCACCUUCUGGGACUCCCCCACCACCACUGGGGGAGUCUUACCAUGAGACUAUGAGGAAGCAAUCUAGAAGGCUCCAUUCUUGGCCGUCCCGAGAAGUGGAUGCUUUCGAAGAAGAUGGAGGCUUUAGUGCAGAUUGUAUUCCAAGGAUACGGGCACUAGAGAGCACUGCAGCACUGUCACUUGCUACUUUCACUUCAUUGCUUAUAGAGUUCGUGGCUCGGCUUGAUCACUUGGUUGAAGCAGUUGAUGAGCUCUCUAAGAUGGCCAAAUUUAAGCAAGAGGGUCUAUAG